GCCCUCUACACCGGGUCCGUGUGCCACCUCUCCCUGCUUGGGCGCCGAGGCGCGAGCGCUUCCCUUCCCCCUGCGAGCGCGCGGAUAAUGUCUGAGAAUGUCCAUUUCUGGGACGCUUAGCAGCUAUUAUGUCGACUCGAUCAUAAGUCACGAGAGCGAGGACGCGCCUCCAGCCAAGUUUCCUUCGGGCCAGUACGCGAACCCGCGGCAGCCGAGCCACGCCGAGCACCUGGACUUCCCCUCUUGCAGCUUCCAGCCCAAAGCGCCGGUGUUCGGCGCCUCCUGGGCGCCGCUGAGCCCGCACGCCUCGGGGAGCCUGCCGUCCGUCUACCACCCCUACCUGCAGCCCCAGGGUGCGCCGGCGGCGGAGAGCAGGUACCUCCGCACCUGGCUGGAGCCCGCCCCGCGCGCCGAGGCCACCCCGGGGCAGGGCCAGGCUGCGGUGAAGGCGGAGCCGCUGCUGGGCGCGCCGGGGGAGCUGCUCAAACAGGGCACGCCCGAGUACAGUUUGGAAACUUCGGCGGGCAGGGAGGCUGUCCUGUCUAAUCAAAGAGCCGGCUACGGGGACAAUAAAAUUUGCGAAGGAAGCGAGGACAAAGAGAGGCCGGAUCAAACCAACCCUUCUGCCAACUGGCUGCACGCCCGCUCUUCCCGGAAAAAGCGCUGUCCCUACACCAAAUACCAGACGCUGGAGCUAGAGAAGGAGUUUCUGUUCAAUAUGUACCUCACCAGGGACCGCAGGCACGAAGUGGCCAGACUCCUCAAUCUGAGUGAGAGACAAGUCAAAAUCUGGUUUCAGAACCGGCGGAUGAAAAUGAAGAAGAUGAAUAAGGAGCAGGGCAAAGAGUAAAAGACCAGCCCCACCCUUCCCUACCUCACUCGGAUUAUUUAUGUGGUGGCUGCCAGGCCACUGCUGUCUGGGAUGUAUCCAAGUGAGUGGGGAAGGGCAUCUCCUCUUUAAAGUCCCUCAUUUACCCCUGGAGCCUGCCUCCCCUCCCUUGCCUAUCCCUGUUUCUCUCUCUUCCCCUUGGGUGUCAGGAGGAAGUUUUGUUAAGUUAGAAGCUAGCUGUAGUUGGUUCCUAGGACAGUGAUGAGCCUCAAAGAAAGAGAACCCGAAUCAAGCUCCUAGCAUCCCUGCUAAGUUUUUUCUGGAAAACCCCAGCCCCCCCCCCACUUUUCCAACUACCUGCCUGUUCCCUCCCUGCACCUAUCCAGAAGUCACCCAGAAAGAGUUUAACUGUACACACCCCAACAGAUGCCCCAGGACAUAGAGGACAUAGGGGUCCACACUGAUAAUGGAGAAAGACAGUUACACCCUACAUGCAGACAUUGUUCUCCGAGCCCAGCUGGGCAGUCCCAGAGCCAGGCAGGUUCUCCCCUGAUGCAGACACAUACAGGAUGAGGUCUGGAGGUGAACUCCUGAAUGAGGCACUGCAGUCCAGAGUCUCCAGGUCCUUGUACUUAUCCCUAUGGAAUCGCCAACUCCGCCCCAGGUCUUGGGGGACUGUGGGCAGAUGGGGCCGGCCCAGUCCCCAAGCUGCUGGGAGCUAGAAAGGGCGAGAAAAAGGGCAGGCAGUGGUUUUCUGAAGGCACCUUUAGUGGAGCCCCUCGCAAUUAUCUUUGCAGGAAAUGUUUAGUUGUGCACGUUCUCCUUCCUUCCCCCUGAAGGAGGUCACACUGUGGGUGUAGAACCUCCACAGUGCCAUCCCCCCUGUCACACGUCCCCUUGGCAGACUGUAGUAGUUUUUCUUGCUGACCACAGAUUUUGCAUUCUUCUCCAUUCCUUCCAGCUCCAAAAUCAACUCUCCUUUCCGCGGCUAAAUCCAUCUUGUGCCAGCUAGUCAAGUCUCCCCAUGUAGGAAAAAAAAAAUCCCUUCACCCCCUCCUAGGUCAACCCCACCAUAGAGAAGGCCGGGUCAGGAGAGUCUGAUUGAGAAUUUAUUGUGAAUCAAUUUCCCAGCAACCUUCCAGAGUGGGCAGUCAGGGGAGGAGAAGCAAUGGCCUCAGCAAGCAGGGCUAAUGGGUCUCUUCCCAUGUCACUAGUUUCCUGGCCCACAUAGAAGAGAGCCCCUUGGCAUGCAGCCAGAGGGUCACAGGAAGAAACCCCAAAAGCUCAGAGUGGGGACUUCACCUCCUGCAGAAUACACUGCUGUGUCCUGAUACAGGCCAUGUGCACCCACGCUUCUGGCAAACAGUCCCGCGUGCAAAGUAAAGAAGCAAAAUCACGCCUCCCUCCCCAUCGGGCAGAGACUCAUCCUCUGCUUCUGUCCUUCCCUGCUCUCAAUCCCUUCCACCCGUGGACUCUCUCCCGCCUCUCCCAACCCUGCAAAGAUGUCAUUCCAGUAGAACUUUGAAUUUUACUUUGUUUUGCUCCGUCAGUGGCUGUGGUGAAAUCGUGCUUGUGUUUUGUGAUUUCUUUGGCAAUGAUUUUCAGUUGUUGCUCAUUAGGGAGGGUUGAGGGUGGGAGUGGGGAGGGCAAGGGGCUAGAGCUCUAAUUGUCUGUUUUGGAAGAAAAAGAAAAAGAACAAAAAAAAUAUAUAUCACUCUAGAAAACAAACCUCUCCUGCGUUUUAUUCGAUGUUGCUUCUCCUCUGGUUAUUAAGAGCCCCGUUGCUAAAAACAUGGCUUCAAACAAAGGCAAGUUAGCGUUCACAGACAGGCCUUUUCCAUAGACCUUCACCUGCUCUCUGGUGGCCCUGACACCAGAAGGGUAUCCAGGUCCUAGGACAGCUGCUUAAACUGAGCAAGGCCCUUUCAGUAGAACCGAGGGAGUGGUGAAGGAGGAAAGAGAAUCUUCAGGGUUCAGAGAGGAACCUUAGAGCAAGGGUCUUCACCCAAAGUUGCUCUGACCUCUGCCAAUGGGUAGAAGGAAAGUCCGACUUGUAGUUCUUAGAGCACGUCUCGUUCAGCUAACCACUUCAAAACUCUCAAGGGCGGAGUUAGUGGUCUUCCAACGCUCUUGCCUGGAGUGUGGCGGUGGGGAGUAGGUGGGAGACCCAGACUUGGCAGGAGCUUGGCUGACUCAAAUGGUUGAACCUGAGGACUCCUUGUAGAUGCCCCCCCACACACACACACCUGGAGUCGGGCUCAUAGGUCUGAGGCUUGCUGAGCCUGGAGGUUUGAAGUCAGGGUAUGUGACAGCUCUCAAAAGAAAGCCACCAAAAUGCAGGACACAAACGUUUCAGGAGGGGAAUGAAUGAUUCAUGUCCAAAAGAACCCCCAGGAUUAUACUUGGCUUCAAGGGGCGUCUUCUUGUUCCUCUCUCACUGCGGUGUCCCUGCAAGAGCCUGUCGUGAAGUCUGCCAUUCGUGGAAGCCCUGAUUUUCUUAUUCAGUCGUGAGGAUCCCGGCUGCAGCCGGCCUGCAGCUCUGUCGCCGGCCUCGC